UUCUGGGUGUAUUUGUGUAUUUUCUGCCUUUGAAAUGGAAUGCGUUCUAAUGCCAGGCUAUUUCUCUGCAGGAGUUAUUCCUGAUGAGACUAAGGCUUUGUCUCUCUUGGCACCAGCUAAUGCUGUGGCAGGUCUGCUGCCCGGGGGUGGACUCCUGCCUACUCCCAACCCACUUUCUCAGAUUGGUGCUGUUCCUUUAGCUGCUUUAGGAGCUCCUGCUCUUGAUCCUGCCCUAGCUGCUCUUGGGCUUCCUGGAGCAAACUUAAACUCUCAGUCUCUUGCAGCAGAUCAGCUACUAAAACUUAUGAGCACAGUGGAUCCAAAGUUGAACCAUGUAGCUGCAGGUCUUGUUUCACCAAGUCUGAAAUCAGAUACCUCCAGUAAAGAAAUAGAAGAAGCAAUGAAAAGAGUACGAGAAGCACAGUCGUUAAUUUCUGCUGCUAUAGAGCCAGAUAAAAAAGAUGAAAAACGAAGGCAUUCAAGGUCAAGAUCACGCUCGAGGAGGAGGAGGACACCUUCUUCAUCUAGACACAGACGGUCAAGAAGCAGAUCAAGGAGAAGGUCCCACUCAAAAUCGAGAAGCCGGAGGCGAUCUAAAAGUCCAAGGCGAAGGAGGUCUCAUUCCAGAGAGAGAAGCAGAAGAUCCAGGAGCACAUCCAAAACCAGGGAUAAAAAGAAAGAAGAGAAAGAGAAGAAACGAUCUAAAACUCCUCCCAAGAGCUACAGCACAACUAGACGAUCCAGAAGCACAAGCAGAGAAAGAAGACGUAGAAGAAGCAGGAGUGGAACACGGUCACCUAAAAAACCCAGAUCUCCUAAAAGGAAAAUGUCCCGGUCCCCAUCUCCAAGAAGGCAUAAAAAGGAAAAAAAGAAGGAUAAAGACAAAGAGAGAAGUAGAGAUGAGAGGGAACGAUCAACCAGCAAGAAAAAAAAAAGCAAAGACAAAGAGAAGGAUCGAGAACGAAAAUCCGAAAGUGAUAAAGAUGUGAAACAGGUCACAAGGGAUUACGAUGAAGAAGAACAAGGUUAUGACAGCGAGAAGGAGAAAAAGGAAGAAAAGAAAAUGGCAGAUUCUUCUUCUCCUAAAGUAAAGGAGUCUGCAGCAGACAAAGGAAGUGGAGAUUCAUCAAGGGAAUCAAAAGUAAAUGGGGAUGAUCAUCACGAAGAAGACAUGGAUAUGAGUGACUGAAUUUUGCCUUUGCAGUGAACACAGCUGCAGACGUGCAUCAGUGUCAUUCCUGUGUGAUUCUUUUAUGCUGUACUUGUUAAUCCUAAAUCUAGAUGUAUACAGCUCUAAGCUAUAUAUGGUUUGUAAAGCUCCUGAUACUAACUCCCAUCAAAAGCUUUAUAGAAAGGUAACCAUUCUUGUUCCGGACAAAAGGGAUUGCGUGUCCAAGCAAUCUUUACUAACUCGGUGAUGCUUCAAGCAAAAGCAAAAAGCUGCAUGCAUCUACAGCAGGCAUGGACUGUUUGUUGUAUGACCUCCUUUAGUAAAUCAGCUCACUUAUGAUAGUGUUUCUAGAAUUUGAUUCAUUGCAGUAAUAGAGCAGUAUAGGGAAUGCACUGACUGCAUGUUGAUUGUGGCAGAAACAUCCUAAAUGUUCUAAAAUCUUACAACAUAUGGUGGAUCUACUUAAGGGUCUUAAGUGUGACUACACAAAAAAUGACAGUACAUCUGAAAAUAAGCAUUCUGAUAUAGGUAGGGGUUUUUUGUUUUGUUUUCAAGCCACAUGGCUGGGCUUCUUUUGUUCGUUUUGUUUUUUGUUUUGUUUUGUUUCUUUUUCUGGUGGAUUUUGUUUGGCUUUGACAAAGUUAAAAUGCACUGACCUUUUUGAGGACUUAUUUUAAUCUGUCAGUUCAAAUCCAUCCCAGGCAGCAGAAAGUGACAAGUUGUAAUGGUUCUUAGCUUUUGGUCUUGGGCCUUGGGAGCGAAAGUCUCUGCUUGAACUGUACCCAGUGAUUAAAGGUUGAUUUGUGCAGUCUUCAUAAUCCAGGUUGUUUUAUUUGUUAAUGAGCUAGACACAUUGCAAAAAGGUAGUGCAUUUUAAAAUUGAUCUUUGUAUGCUUUUAAAAGCAAGUCUACUUGAUAAUGUACUUUCUACUUGAUCUCAAGUUGUAUAAACUAAUAAAUUUGUGUUACUGUCACUGCAGUAGUAAUCUUAUGCACACAGUGAUUCCAUGUUAUAUGCAAAGUAGGUAGGCAAGCUGUUUUCUUAGUUACAGAAGCUCAAGAGCUUUUACUUUUGUGCAGGUAAAAAGACAAAAGUAGGCUACAGUCUGUGCCAUGUUGAUGUACAGUUUCUGAAAUUGUUUUACAAAACUUUGAUAAUAAAACCCGUAAACUUAUAUUCCUGUUCCUAUAAAACUUUACUGGUAUUUAUUUACACCACGGAAUGUGUGAAUCUUUACCUCAUUCCUUUUUAGAGAAUACAUUUUUCUUCAUCUAUGUAUUUCAAAGACUAUAACAACUCAAUCUUUUUAAAAACGAAGUACAGUGACAAAACUGUUAAGCCUGCCAUUUUAGCUUGAGUUAAAUAUGUUAUACUAAGAAGUCUUUUACUUUGGGAAUAAAGGGGACGGGCUGAAAUGGUAAUCUAGAGGUAUUAAGGGGCAAAUUCUUUAAAGAAACGUAUUUGUAAAUUCUGUAUUUUCAUUGAAGUAUGAACAUUCAUCUUUUAUUUUUAGGAUGCUGAUGGAAGAUACAGAAACAGGAAGCAGCAAGUGCUUUGUACAUAUAAAAUAGGCUGUUAUGCCAGGAACUGAAACCUUACUGAUUAGAAUCAGUAAGUUUUGGAAUAAAACUGUAAGUGGUGCUUGAAUUUUAGAAUCUGAUGAGUCAAAUCACCUUUUUUUUAAACUGUCCUUUUGCCCUAGGCAAAGUGGAACUUGCCAUUUAGAUAUGAAGUGUCAUUUUUUAGAAUUUGUAGAAAUGUAAAUUUUUACCAACUGUUUGAAGUAUUUUGUCAAUACAGAGAGGUAUAUGUCAUAAAAACAGUUGUAGGCUUUUAUUUCUGACAGUGGAGAGAACCUGAUAGGUCUUGUAACAAAAUAGAGACACGGACAAGGUGCAUGAUGUCUUCCUAGAUGUGCCUUUUUAGUUGUCAAGGUAUUUAUAUGUGAAGUAUAAGAACAUAAAAACAAUUUAUAGUAAUAAAGUAAACCUCCUUGAUC